GCCUCUGCAUAUAUAAAUAAUAAGAAUCCUGUUUCUGGAGGCUUCUUGACAGAGAGCUGCUGCUCUCUCCCUCCCUUCCCCCUCUCUCUCUCUCUAAAUUGCUAAGGUUACGUCUUGUAGCAAUCUUUUAGCAUUUAUUGAAGAGCCAUAUAUUUUAUGUAUUUCGAGUUCACACUCAUAGGAAUUUGUAUUAUGUUAUAUGCAUCAUAAGCAUAUGUAUAUAUAUGGAUAGUAGUUGUUUUUGUUCUUGAAAAGGGUGCCUUCACAGUAGAAUUUAUAGUUAUAAUUCUUCGACAAGAUUGGAGUUUUUGAGUUGGAUUAUAUUGUGGGGUUGAGGAAUGGCAGCCGAUGAAGAUAAAAGCAAUGAUUUUUAUGCUGUUAUGGGGUUGAAGAAAGAAUGCACUGAUGCAGAGCUGAGGAAUGCUUACAAGAAACUUGCACUGAAAUGGCAUCCUGAUCGCUUCUCCGCUUCCGGGAAUUCCAAGUAUGUGGAAGAUGCAAAGAACAAAUUUCAAGCCAUUCAACAAGCCUAUUCAGUGCUUUCGGAUGCCAACAAAAGGUUUCUGUACGAUGUAGGAGUCUACGACUGCAAUGACGAUGAUGACGAAAAUGGAAUGGGCGAUUUCUUGAGCGAAAUGGCAGCAAUGAUGAGCCAAACUAAAUCCGAUGAAAACGGAAACGAAACAUUUGAAGAACUGCAAGAACUCUUUGACGAAAUGUUCCAAGAUGACUUUGAGGCCUUUGGUUCUUCUUCUCGUUUGGCCACACCAGCAACUUGCUCUUCAUCGGUCCCGGCUUCUUGCAGCGAGACGUACAGCAUCUCCAACAAGAGGAAUUGCUCUGAGAUGAGUCCUAACAAUUUGGGGGCGAAAGCUGCCACAUACGACGGAUUCUGCAUUGGGACGGGAGGAACGUCUGGAAAACAGCAAGGCGGCGGGGAAAGCAGCCGGAGGAAGAACAGGACUAAGUGCCGGAGGUAGUAAGAAGGAAAGAUUUUUUUGAUUUGUUUUUUAAAUAGAAGGCGGUGUACCAUAUAGAUAUCUCCAUGCUAUGAGCAUUGAGCUCAAGUCUUGGCCAAAAAUGGGCAUUUAGAUUAGAAUGGGAAUGGAGCGUAGGAUUUUGUGGUUGGUGGUGUCUGAUCUCUGAUGAGAGAUGAUGGGUCGGAAGGAUCUCCAUCUCCCUCCCAUCUAAUCUAACAAACAUUGCUAUUUCAUUUUCUGCCUUA